AUGGAUCCCAAGAAGGUUUCAAUCUUCAAGACCUAUGAAAAGCCAAAGGGACAAACUAGUUCAGGAAGUUUUGCGACUUUUAUGAUCAUUGGCCCAACAUGUUUUUUCCUGGGCAUGUUGUUCUCCUCAUUUCCCUACGACUAUCCCCUCCUGUGGACAUCCGCUGCGACGCCCCCUGAGUAUUAUGAUCAAUUGGAGACCCACCUCAAGUUCGUGCACGCGUCGCCUCCGAUUAUCCCUCGCAUUCUCCAUAUCGCCAUCUCGAUCGGCUUCAUGGGUUUCUUUAUCAAGCUCUUUAAGCCUUCUGAGGCGAACCUCCUCUUUGAUGGCGCAUCCUUGGGUCUUUACACGGUCGGCGUGGUCGUCUACAUUACCAAUAUCGUGAAGGGGCUUAGAAUCACCACUGCGGGCACCUACGACCUUGUGCCUGAGGGCUCCACGGAAACAGUUGUUGGCAGGGAAGACAGCUUGCGGGUUCUCGCUGCCAGCAACACAAUUUUGGCACUUGUUUUAGUUGGAGUUCUCGUCUUGCAGGCGGGACAAUGGUAUGCUGAGAGGAAAGACCAGGACGAGGCCGAGAAGUUCGAGAGGGAACAGGAAGAGAAAGCCGGUGUGAAGGCCCAAAAGAAUGGAGGGCACGUGACGAGAUCUGUAUCAAAAAAGAAGCAAUAA